UGUAGGAGGCGCUACAGGCUCCACACGCACAGAGUGUGCUGCAGCAGGUUCACAAUCACAAACCGAAAGCGUGAGUUUUAGCGUAUUUUCAGCUACGACUUUACGUUAAAAAAUAAAACUAUUUAAAAUAUUACAUUUCUAUCUGGCAUCAACUAGCAUCAUAUCUGAGGAGUAAACAUUUUCACGCUUGUUAUUGCAACUGCCGAAAUACAACGAAGGAUACGCAGGGAGUAUUUUGAAAAGAAAUGUCGUCGUGGCUGAAGAAGACUGGGGGCAGACGACCACCACCACCAGCUCAUAGCGGAGGAGGGGGUCCAGUACCUCUACGGUCUUACCGAAUAUCACCUUACCCCAUCAAGGAGGACAGAACAGAAGAUCUCCUGGAAAGUUUUGAAAGCCAGGAAGAAGGCAGUGAGUACUCAGGCACACAGGAAUAUAAGCAUUCACCACAUCAGUCAGCUGCAGCUGAUUCACCAGAAGACUAUGAUCCAUCGGAUCAACGCACUGCCAUAUACAACAAGUUCUACCAGCAGCUGUAUGGAGAAGGUGCUAGACAGCCUGCCGACUGUAUCGUCUUGUCUGUGAACAAUCAGAAUGUGGAUUACCCCAAAUCCAUAGGCCAGUGUUUGCAGGAACGUGGCCUCUCGGUGGAAAUGCUUUACCUGCAGGCGGAAUCAGGCCUCACCCGUGCCCUCCAAGAUGUCCGUUCUGACGGUUCCCCCUUAUGUAUACUCGUCGAGCAGACUAAUAUAACACUGUCCUCGUGCACUGUAAUCAUAUUUUCAGAGUCCCUCAAAAUACAUAGAAACAUGCCCAAAGAACAGGCUUUGGAGUUUGUGAUGACGGAGUUUGGCCGCAUGAACGCUGCACGGCGGGAGCCGGACCCCACGGAGGCAACGGCACGGGUGUCUAAGCUGACGGAGGACUUUCUGGAGCGGGCCAAGCUGGAGCGCCACGCUGUUCCCUCUGCCAUACGCCACCUGCUCUUCCUCCUGGCCGAAGGUUUGCACCUUUACUCAGAGGAACUUACCACUCUGACGGACUACCUUCAAAACCGCCAGGACCAUCUGCAAGGUGAACACGCUACAACGUCCUGCCCUGUAUCGUCCUCUGAGGUACAAACUGAUAGGUCCCCUGUGAUGAACAGUCUGCCUCCAGGGUUAGGAAAGCCCCCUCCUCUUCUUCCUGUUGGAUCUGGACCUUCACCAAGAGAACGGACAAACCCACCAUCAGGCUCGGGCAACACUCCUGCAGGUCACGUGGGAUCACAAGGCUCUUAUCCCAAGACGAAGCCACCACCUCUGCUUUCGAGACCCACUGCCUCCCACGAUCCAAUACCCUUACGUCCCAACCGCUUAAGUCCCCAACCGUCUAGAGGGCCACCUUAUGGUCCUGACAAGCCUCUUUUACAAACUCCCACACGUGGUCCUCUGCUUAGCCAUUCAUCUCGUGGUUUCCACUCCACUCGUGGGCUACUUCAGCAUCCGGUGUCUCAUUCAGUGCGAGGACCAUCUUUGAUUCGUGGACCCCCACCACAGAAUGGCCCGCGUGGUGCGCCUUUACUACGUGGUCCGAGAGCACCACCACCUUCACUCAGGAGCCUUCACGUGGGAGCUCCAACAGGUUCACGUCCACCUAGGCAUCUGCUCCCUUAAUUAAGUUAGGACACCCGAGAAAAUCACAGGGCGGUAUGAGUUGGAGACCUUGGAUUUUGGACUUUAGGCCAUUUUAUAGGUUUUUUUUUUUAAGAAUUUGUUGGUUACCCUUUCAUGUUUGUUUUUGGUCAAAGGUUGUUGGCUUGGGGAAAAAUACUGGAAUUGUGUUCUUUUUAUUUUAUGGUUUUCAAACAUGCUCCCUUCUACAACUGUAUACAGUUUUGUAUUAGAAUAAAUAUUCAAACAUUUUCAUAGUUUGAGAACAAUGGUUGAAUGUGUUAUAAUGUUUAUAUUAUCCACACUAGAAAAAAUUAAGGGUCUGUAGAACAGAAAAGUAUUGACAUUUGCAUUUUAUGUUAUGAAUUAUAAUGCAUAAAUUAGUGUCUUUUUUUUACAAAAUGUACUCAAGAACAAUAAUAAAAAAAAUUCACCACACGAAUAUUUUAUUAACAAUUGAGCUCAGAUGCGAAGCAUCACCUCUGUCAAAAAAGAUGUAAUGAUAUUACUUGAAUGCUUUCUGCAUAUAUUCGCUCAUCAAAUACUUUUGCUUCAAAUUCGCUUAAUCCCGGCCUGAGGCCAUUCACAAAUGCCCGUUUGUUGGCAGGAUCUAAUAAAACAUACUAACUUACAAGAAAACAUGGCAGAUACGCUUUGAGGCUUUUGCAUCAGAGCUCUUCAAUUGUAAUCUUGAGUCUUUUUAGGCAUGCAGGAAUAACCCUAACACAUUUGGGAUGAAAAAAAUCCUAUAUUUCAUGUGAGGUUAAAUUACCUUCAGUUUUUGGACCAUACCACAAAUUCCUGGUUGUAUUCAAGUCUGGACAUCCACAGAAUACCAACCAUUUAUUUUUUGGAACAUUGUUGUAUUGAAACAAAGUGUCUGCUGCUUUAAACAGGUCUUUGGCUGGCUGAUUCCGCCACCCCUUGUGGAGUUUGGCUCAAUCCAUGAUGCUCUUAAUGAAAACAGGCUUUUCAGUUUCUUUUGCUGAAAAGAGAAGUCGGUCACGAAGCUACACCACCAUGCUUGACAGUAGGGAUGGUGUUAAGUUGGUCUGUUACCAAACACAGGACUUUGCUUCUAGUCCAAAUAGCUCAAUUUUAGUCUCACUAGACCACAUGACCUUUCUUUUAAGAGCUUGGAUUGUUGCUCUGUUUAAGAUAAACUGGCCUCAGGCUUUCAAUCUCACAGCUCGGUGGACUGCUUCUGGAGCUUCAAAAGGAGGACAGCUCUGAAUUAAAGUUUUGGUUGCAAAACUUAGAUUCUGUGAUUUUAUAUUAAUCCUCUUACACAGACAGGUCAAAUACAAGUAUAGAAGUCAAAACAGUGUAUUUUAUAUGCACCAUGAAAAAUGUAUUCAACCUAAUUGUAUUGAUGAUAAGAUAAACAUCAUCUCAUCAAAAUGCUUGUAAAUUUGUCUCUUGAAUUUUUGGUGGUGUUUUUCUGUUUAACAAAGCAAGUUUCUGCUUUCAGUAGUCUCAUAAAACAUUGGGAGAUAAAUUUGAUAAGAAUAAGAGUUUUAAGAGAUUCUCUUUAAUCCCAGCAAGAUGAUAGAUAAGGUUGUACACUGCUAAAAGCGUUUGGAAGAAAAUCAGUGGGUACAGUAGUCCAAGUUCAUAAAACCAUAAGCAGUAUGGAACAUAGAGACAAAGGUGUGGAUACAAAAAAGAAUGUGAGUAUACUAAAUAUACCAGUAAUUUGUAGUAUACUGUACUUACACUUUGUUAAUGUU